AUGGCUUUCAUCUUCAGAAAGGCCAUGCAAUCGGUAGGGCUUUCCCUGUCAUUGCUGGGAUGGGUUUUAGCCGUUAUUACCACGUAUCUACCACAUUGGAAGAACCUUAACCUGGAACUGAACGAGAUGGAGAACUGGACCAUGGGGCUCUGGAAAUCCUGCGUCAUCCAGGAGGAAGUCGGGAGGCAAUGCAAGGACUUUGACUCCUUCCUGGCCUUGCCAGCAGAACUGCAGGUCUCCAGGGUCUUGAUGUCCCUGUGCAANGGACUGGGGCUGCUGGGCUUGCUGGCCUCUGGCUGUGGCCUGGACUGCUUGAGGCUUGGAGAGACACAGGAGGGUCUGAAGAAGCGACUGCUCACCCUGGGAGGGAUCCUGCUCUGGACCUCGGGGGUCACGGUGCUGGUUCCUGUCUCCUGGGUGGCCCACACGACGGUGCAGGAGUUCUGGGAUGAGACCAUGCCUGAGAUUGUACCCAGGUGGGAGUUUGGGGAGGCCCUGUUCCUGGGCUGGUUUGCUGGCUUCUGCCUGGUGNUAGGAGGGUGUGUGCUUCACUGUGCAGCCUGCUCGAGACCAGCUCCUGCAGCCUCGGCCUCGGGUCACUAUGCAGUGGCAGGACCUCGAGACCACCAGCAGCACCUGGAGCUGAAACAAGCCAAUCCAGAAAUCUAA